CACCAGCAGAUGAAUCAGCGCAUUCAAGCUUUUCUCUCUCUUAGCUGAUUGAGAUUCGACCAAACAGCCUCAUCGUAGUCAACUCGAUCGACAACUGCUUAAAAUGAGCGGAAGCAAUUUCGCUUAUUCCUCGGCACCGCUGCGACGUGUGGAUUCGGUACAAUUUGGCAUUUUAUCUCCAGAGGAGAUUAAAGCCAUGUCUGUUGCAAAGAUCGAAUUCCCUGAGCUAUAUGAUGAAGGCACUCAGAAGCCCCGUGUAGGAGGCCUUCUCGACCCUCGUAUGGGCACAAUCGACCGUAAUUUCAAAUGUCAAACCUGUGGCGAAUCAAUGGCUGAAUGUCCGGGACAUUUUGCUCACAUCGAACUUGCUAAACCCGUUUACCAUAUUGGUUUUUUGACCAAAGUCAAGAAGAUUUUGGAAUGCGUUUGUUUCAAAUGCUCCAAGCUGAAAGUCGAUGAAUCCAACCCAAAGUUCAUUAAGGCUCGCAAACAGCGUGAUUCUAAAGCCAGACUUCGUGCUGUUUGGGAUGUUUGCAAAAGUAAAAUGAUCUGCGAAGGAGGUGAUGAUAUGGAUCUUGAUGGUUUGGAUGACGAAGGCAUGAUAGAAGGUGAAGAUGGUGAGAUGAAACGACGAAAGCCUCAUGGUGGCUGUGGACACAAGCAACCUGUCAUCCGAAAGGAGGGUUUGAAAUUGUUCUAUGCCUACCGUUCAGGUGGUGGCGAUGACUCGAAUCCUGAAGGCAAACAGCCCUUGUCUGCUUCUCAAGCUCUUCAGAUCUUAAAAAAUAUCACUGAUCAAGAUAUACGAGACAUGGGUCUAUCUGAGGAAUUUGCUAGACCUGAAUGGAUGAUUAUCACCGUCUUGCCCGUUCCUCCUCCACCCGUUAGACCUAGUAUCCAGAUGGAUGGUACAAGCAAGGGUGAAGAUGAUUUAACACACAAACUUUCCGAUGUACUGAAAGCAAAUGCCAAUGUGAAGCGUUGCGAAACUGAAGGCGCUCCAGUGCACGUUGUUCAAGAAUUCGAACAGUUGUUACAGUUCCACACUGCCACUUACAUGGACAAUGACAUUGCUGGCCAACCGCAAGCAUUGCAGAAAUCUGGCAGACCUCUCAAAUCUAUUCGAGCUAGACUGAAGGGUAAAGAAGGUCGUCUCCGUGGUAAUUUGAUGGGAAAGCGUGUGGAUUUCUCUGCCCGUACUGUCAUUACCGGUGAUCCCAACUUGUCAGUCGACGAAGUUGGUGUGCCCCGCUCUAUUGCUCGCACUCUCACAUACCCCGAAAUCGUCACACCAUAUAAUAUGGACAAGCUUCAAACCUUGGUGCGUAACGGUCCUACCGAACAUCCUGGUGCCAAGUAUGUUAUCCGAGAUACUGGCGAACGUAUUGAUUUGCGAUACCACAAACGUGCUGGUGAAAUACCAUUGCAAUAUGGCUAUAAAGUCGAACGACACAUCAACGAUGGCGAUGUUGUUAUUUUCAAUCGACAACCUUCACUUCACAAAAUGUCCAUGAUGGGUCACAGAAUUCGAGUUAUGCCGUAUUCAACGUUCCGUCUCAAUCUUUCCGUCACAAGUCCUUACAACGCCGAUUUCGAUGGAGACGAAAUGAAUCUUCACGUUCCUCAGUCUUUGGAAACCAGAGCCGAAAUCACAGAGAUUUGCAUGGUGCCAAAGCAAAUCGUAUCUCCACAAUCCAACAAACCUGUCAUGGGUAUUGUACAAGAUACAUUAGCUGGUGUCAACAAGUUCACAAGACGAGACAGCUUCCUUAGCAAAGAUCUAGUAAUGAACAUCGUCAUGUGGGUUCCUGACUGGGACGGUUAUUUGCCAACUCCUGCCAUCUUGAAACCAAAGCCUAUGUGGACUGGCAAGCAAAUCCUUUCCAUGAUUAUUCCAAAAGGUAUCAACUGUCAAACAUUCCACUUUAAUCAUCCAGAUGGUGAAACUACAUGGAUAUCUCCUCGUGAUACCCGAGUCUUCAUUGAAAAUGGUGAACUCAUUUGUGGUAUCGUUUGUAAGAAAACUGUUGGUACUGCCAGUGGUGGUCUCAUUCAUACCAUCAUGAACGAGCAAGGUCCAGAAGCUGCCAAGAACUUCUUGAACGGUGCGCAGACGGUUGUUAACUACUGGUUGCUCCAAAAUGGAUUCAGUAUUGGUAUUGGUGAUACCAUUGCCGAUAGAGACACCAUGGAAAACAUCACUGGCUUGAUUUCUAGCGCUAAAGAUCGUGUCCAAGAAAUUAUUCUUGCUGCUCAACAGGACAAAUUGGAAGUUCAGCCCGGUAUGACCAUUCGAGAAUCUUUCGAAGCUAAAGUCAAUCAAGCUUUGAACAAGGCUCGUGAUGAUGCUGGUAAAAAGGCACAGUCCUCGCUUCGUGAAGAUAACAACGUCAAGCAAAUGGUGGUUGCUGGUUCCAAGGGUUCCUUCAUCAACAUUUCCCAAAUGACAGCUUGUGUCGGUCAACAGAACGUGGAGGGAAAGCGUAUUCCCUAUGGCUUCAAGUUCCGCACAUUGCCUCAUUUUGCUAAAGAUGAUCAUAGUCCGGAAAGUCGUGGUUUCGUCGAAAAUUCAUAUUUGCGUGGUUUAACCCCUCAAGAAUUUUUCUUCCACGCUAUGGGUGGUCGUGAAGGUUUGAUUGAUACUGCUGUCAAAACUGCUGAAACUGGUUAUAUUCAACGUCGUCUUGUCAAGGCACUUGAAGAUGUCAUGGUCAAAUACGAUGGUACCGUCCGAAACUCACUUGGUGACAUUAUUCAGUUCUGUUAUGGUGAAGAUGGUAUGGAUGCUUGCUAUGUGGAAAAACAAAAGAUCUUUACUCUCAAUUGUACGGAUACCCAAUUUGAGAAGCGAUACAAAGCUGAUGUUAUGGACAAGGGCUUCAAGAAGGGCACUUUGGACUUCUCCAUCCUCAAAGAAAUUGAGAACAGUGAAGAAGCACAGCGUUAUUUAGACGAAGAAUUCAGACAGCUGAGUGAAGAUAGACAUAUCCUUCGAUCCUUUAUUUUUACAAGCGGCGAUGACAAGUGGCCACUUCCAAGCAAUUUGCAACGCCUGAUUACGAAUGCUCAGCAAAUCUUCCAUAUUGAUCCUCGCAAGCCUUCCGAUUUGCAUCCGGUUCAAGUGAUCGAUGGUGUUCGCCAAGUUUCUGAAAGAUUGCUUGUUGUUCGUGGUAGCGAUAAGAUCAGUAUCGAUGCUCAACGCAAUGCCACUUUGCUCUUCCAAAUUUUGUUGCGAUCGACUCUGUCCACCAAGAGAGUCAUUGAAGAGUUCCAUCUCAAUACUCAAGCUUUUGAGUGGGUCCUCGGUGAAAUUGAAUCUCGCUUCUUGACUUCCAUUGUCGCUCCUGGUGAAAUGGUUGGUACUGUCGCUGCGCAGUCCAUUGGUGAGCCUGCCACUCAGAUGACUCUCAACACUUUCCAUUAUGCUGGUGUGUCCAGUAAGAACGUUACUCUCGGUGUUCCUCGUCUGAAGGAAAUUAUCAACGUUGCCAAGAACAUCAAGACACCUCGAUUGGAAGUCUGGCUGACACCUGAACGCGCACGCAACAUUGAACUUGCCAAAGAAGUACAAGUUGGCUUGGAACACACUACUCUUCAGAAGGUCACUGCAGCAUCUGAAAUUUACUACGAUCCAGACCCGCGCAACACUGUUAUUGAAGAGGAUGUUGACUUCGUUGACACAUACUAUCAACUUGAAGAUGAUAACUCACCGGUUGUUACUCAAGUUUCUCCAUGGCUUCUUCGUCUCGAAUUGAACCGUGGUAUGAUGAUUGACAAGCGCCUCAAUAUCACCGAAGUUGUUUCCAAGAUCUCUGAAGAUUUCAAGAAUGAUUUGCACGUCAUGGGAAGUGAUGAGAACUCGGAGAAAUUGAUUAUUCGUUGCCGAAUCAUGAACGACGACGAAAACAAGGAUAUGGACGAUGAUGAGACCAAGGUGGAAGAAGACGUUUUCUUACGCAAGUUGGAAGCUAAUAUGUUGAGUUCCAUCACCCUUCGUGGUAUCGCAAGAAUCAGGAAGGUCUACAUCGUUGAACGUAAAGAGACCCGUAUGCACGAAGAUGGUCACUUUGAACAGCAUACCGAAUGGGGUCUGGACACAGAUGGUAUCAACUUACAAGAAGUUAUGUGCCAAGAAGGUGUCGAUUCAAGAAAGACGUACUCCAACAACACUGUUGAAAUUAUGGAGGUUCUUGGUAUUGAAGCUACCCGAAAAGCAUUGCUCAAGGAACUUCGUAAUGUUAUUGAAUUCGAUGGUUCUUAUGUCAACUACCGUCACUUGGCUCUUCUUUGUGAUGUCAUGACCAACCGUGGUCAUCUUAUGGCCAUCACUCGUCAUGGUAUCAAUCGUGCCGAGACUGGAGCUCUCAUGAGAUGUUCCUUCGAAGAAACUGUCGAAAUUCUGAUGGAAGCCUCGGCUGUUGGUGAAUUAGAUGACUGUCGUGGUGUUGCUGAAAACAUUAUGCUUGGUCAAAUCGCUCCUUUGGGAACUGGAGAAUUCGAUGUGAUGUUGGAUGAAGAUAUGUUGAAGGAUAUACCAUAUCCAGAUCGCCAACACUUGCUACCUAAUGGUAUUAAUGGAGAUAAUGCUGGCUUUGCCACACCUGGACCUGGUUUCAUGACACCAAAUGUUGCCACUCCUUAUGACAGUCGCAGUCCUGAUUGGGUUGAUUUCUCUCAUCCAAGCUCUCCUAUUGAAGCCAUGUUCUCACCUAUUGGUGAUUCAGGUGCUUCUUCAAGCUCUGUUGGUGCAAGCCCAUGGCGUGGAGAUAUGAGCCCUUAUGCUGCUAGUCCUGGUUAUUCACCUGCGUCUCCUGGUUAUUCACCACUUCUCCCAACUAUAGCCCUACCAGCCCAAGCUAUAGUCCUACUAGUCCUAGCUACAUCCCACCAGCCCAAGCUACAGCCCAACUAGCCCGAGCUACAGCCCAACUAGUCCAAGCUACAGUCCAACCAGCCCAAGCUAUAGCCCUACA